CCUAAUUUUCUUUAUCAAGAGAUUCCAAGUAUUUUAGGUUUAUUCAAUUCAAAACAUCAAUAGGUAGAGGCUGACAGUUACUGAUUAUUCAAACUAGUCUCCUAACGGAUAAUUAAAGUCAAUUAAUUCAUUCAAUUGAGCAGCUACUUCCACACCUUAUUCAACACCUUUGUUGAAUAUAUCAUCACCUCAAACCAAUUGGAUCAAAAGACCUAUUUAUUUAUUUAUUUUUAUAAGCUUUGAUUUUCUACUCAUCUUCUCAAAUUCUCAAUUUUAUUCAGGUUCUGAUCAUAUACUUAGAGGGAAAAAAAAUGGGAAUAAGAGAUUUUCACUUCAAAGUCAAGGCACUUAGGGUGAAACUCUCAUGUUUAGGAAAUAGAAAGGUAAGAAGAAAUAAUGGAGUUGGAAGCAAGCAAUCAUGGAUGAUGCCAAUAUCACAUGGUCAUCAUGUAGUGGAGCAUGAUUGGAUUAAUGGUGAUUCUGAUGACUGUGAGUUUGAUUCAGUUGUGAUACAAAGAGAGCAAAUUGGUGAGACAGAAUUGUGGUAUUGUGGAAUCUUUGAUACUUUGGUUGGAGAUUGUGUUACCAAAUAUUUGCAAGCCAAUUAUUUUGACAAGAAUCUCAAAGAGUCUCAUUUGAGGAGAAAAGCCAAAGAAACACUCAAGAGAGCAUACCUAGGUGCAAAAACAAAGAUCAGAGAGAUGCACAAAUCAGAUGAAACAUGCAUCAUAGGUUCAACAUCUGUGAUGAUAAUAAAUGGAGAAAAACUCGUGCUAGCCAACAUCGGAGAUUACAGAACUGUUUUGUGUAGAGAUGGUGUAGCUUAUCAGACAAUUGGAAAGCACAAUCAAUCAUCUAAGAAACAUUGGUUUCACAGACUUUUUUCAGCAUGUGAAUCAGGUAAUGCAACAGGUACAAAGGCUUCUAAAGCUUCAGAACUUGUGGUUGGAAGUUAUUGGAUUGACUCUAGUACUGAAUUUGUUAUCUUGGCAAGCAAUGGCAUAUGGGAGGUGAUGAAGAACCAAGAAGCAGUGAAUCUUAUCAGGCACAUAGAGGAUCCACAAGAAGCAGCAGAGUGUUUGGCUAAGGAAGCAUUGGUUAGGAUGAGCAGAAGCCAUAUUUCAUGUUUAAUCAUUCGAUUUGAUUGAUUCUUCACCAUAUUAGUAUAUCCUAGUAGUUGAGUAGUUGAAUAGUUCAAUGCCAGAACAGGUAGCAAAAACUAUGUAUACCAAAGUUUCUUAUAGCAGUUGUAGUCAGAGAAAACUUACUGAUACAGCCUUGAAAAUUUUGCUUCUAACUCAAGUAGAUUCGUGGGAAUAUAUUGAUGGCAUAUUAAGUUUCUUAAGAAUUUUUUGAUGUAAUUUGCAUCUAUGUUUAGAAAUAUUUUUAUACUCUUCUCCCCUCUGAGA